CGGGAACAGAAGGGGAGGAGAAAGAUGAGGAGACAUCGUAACAACAACACGGGGGAUAGUUACAUGGAGUCGAAUAGAGUACGGUAGAGCGCUCUUCCAAAACGCAUGCCGGUUUACAUGAGGAGAGACAAGGGCAAAUCCCCGAGAGGCAACAAGCCUCCGCACCCCCGCUUCACGCUGCGCUCCCCGCAUACCCGCAUGGACCACUGUCUGAGCUGCUCGGCAGCAGAGCGGUGGAGAGCGCCGAAGCCAGGAGACCGAAUUCAUGUGUGCCCGUCCGCCAAGCCUCUAGUUAGCCCGUUUCAGACAGCAGCACCAGCAAGCAAGACGCAACCCACAUUCGGAUAACGAUAAGUAGAGCACUCUACUUAUUUGGCUACCACUCCGAAUACAUCGCCACCGACAUCGACACUCCCGCGCGCGCGACAGCAAUGGCAGACCAGGAUGAACAUCUACACCGAUCACGGGCCUUCGACGCGCCGACCGCCGAAGCCGACUCCUCGCGAGACGACGCUUUACGUGCCGAGCUGCGCGGCGUCCAGCAGGUCAACGGUGUGAUCGAGGGAGUGUUGUCUUCGCUGGGGAAGGCGAAAGAUAACAUGGAGACCGUGUCUUCCACCGUCGAGAAUGCGAACAAUCUCUUGAACCUCUGGAUCAAGAUCUUGAGUCAAACAGACCACACCCAGCGGCUGCUGCAGUCCAGGCAUUGGGAAGGCGCGAGCAAGGAACUGGAGAAUAUCCAGGCCGAGACGCAGGCGAAGCAACGGGAGGUGCAGCGGCGCGCGGAGGAGGCGAGGGAGAGGGCUGCUGCCAGGGAGAGAGAUGCUGCCGCUACCGAGGCGAGACGGUUAGCUGCCGAGAAGAAGCCAACGGGGAGGGUCGGGACGAGGAGGGGUGCUACAGGGACAAGUUCGGGACGCGGUGCUGCGGGGGGCUCGAGGACGGGUACCGGUUCAUACACGUCGAAUAGCUCUUCUUCCACGAGAGGUGCCCCAACUCCGCGGUUGACCAGGGGUGGCAUCGGACGAGGAGCCUAUGGGACUGGGACUGCGAGGGGAACAAGAGGCGCACGAGGCGGGGCAAGCUAAAACGGCGUUCUGGAGAUUUUGGGACAGUUAAAGGAUUGGAGUUCCGGUUUGCAGCACGAUAACGUCCUGCUCGGACAUGGUUUGAUGCCGACGUUUUGUGUACUUGCUGCGCGCCAGCGAGGUUGUCCUCGCACCGAGUCGCCUGUUUUUCGCUUCUACCCGCAGCGCAGUAGAUGGGAUGGAUGAUCGACGUAAAAGCCACGACGAUAACCCUUCACCAUCCGAACAUAGUAGUAACCCUCAAUCAAUCAACCAUCGCGUCGAAGCAUGCCACUUGAGAAUCGAAAGUUACCC